UGCUACAUCAGCGUCAGCAAACUUGCGAAUAAAUGAGCUGUUGGACUCGCUCGUUUGAUCAGUUUCGUGCGAAAUACCGAACGAUUAUCAAGGAAUCAUGAAGACUCAGUUUGAAAUACUGAUUUCAAUCAUCACGUUACAUUUAACAAUCGCCGACAUUGUCGUUCAACCAGAAUAUACUCGACCAUAUGUACAAUAUCAACCAGUUCAAAGAGAGUUUUUAUUGGCGCCCCAUCAAUAUAGAACAUUGGAAUUUCCUUAUGGACAAUCUAGAUUUAUUCCUAUAUACUUGAACAGACCUCAAGUCAACAAUCCAUUGGUAGGUUCUACUCAAAAUGAUAACAUUUUAUCACGAUACGCAUAUCCAAAAACCUUACAUGCAGCGAAAAUAGGAGGUCAUACAAUUGUUCAUCCGUCUUAUUUAAUUGGUCAACACUCGACACCUUCGGUAGUUCAUCGACGAUUUAAAAAAUCUAUCGAAAACCAAAUUACACGGGAUUCUAGGAAAAUCGGGGAAAGCGGUGCUGUUCAAUCGGACUCGUCCCUAAACAGUCAAACUAUGUCGAACUUCGUUGAAUCUCAAAGUCCAAAUAUCAAAGAAAUUAAAGAUAAGACAAACCAGGCAAAGCAAUCUGAUCAAGAAUCAACUAAUUCAGGAACCUUAUUUAAUCUAAAUCCAGAAAAAAUAAAUCCUGACCAUCAAAUCUCUCUUAACGUUCAGGAAAAUCAUAAUCCGGCAAAUUCUCAGGAAUCAAUAAACAAUUCGAAUUUACCAAGUAUAGAAGACAUCGUAACUGAUUACGUACCACCGAAAUCAGAAAAUGUCAUGGAUAAUCCGAAUUUACGAAAUUUUCCCGAUCCUAGACCCAUUAAAAUAGUACCAAAUACAAAGUCAAAAUCAACGCAAUUCAAUGUUCAAAAUGAAAAAAUGAAAUACAAUGAAGGAGGUGAUCCUAUUAUCGGCUCGGCUCAAAUGAAGAACUCUAAUCCAUUAAUAAAGGACCACUUUCAACAAAACUAUCCUACAAGGUCAUCGAUCAGUAAUUACUAUCAAUCUCCACUAUACAGAAAUUUAUUUAUCCCUGCUGUUGAAUACCAACCUGGCUUUUAUAUGGUAUCUAAUAAUAUGGAUGGUUGUAACAAUCAACCAUUGAAUGUCGGUCAACAAUCCUGGACUCAGCAGCAGAUCUAUCAAGAUGAUACUAAUCAGGCAACAGGUACAAUAUCAAGUAAUGGAUAUCAAAAUCAAUACAAUUAUUUAACAAAUUAUGCAUUAAGAUAUCCAAAUGUACCUUAUUAUUAUGCAUUAUCGACAUAUCCAAAUACUUACGUACAAUUCUAUUAAAAUAGUAAAAGUAGAACGAA